CACUUCUAAGGUUAGACCGAUCAUAAGAAAACACCGAUCGUGAGAAAACUCCGCCCCCUGUCACUUUUAUCCAAUGAAUAAGUACAAUUAUUUGCCGAUCGCAUUACCUUUUGUCAUUCGCAAUGGGAUGCAGAUUUUUCAACGGACGGCCUGUGUGCCCUGGUAAUAAUCUUUAAACAUUUUUUUAAUCAAAAUAAGGGAAGCGGAAAAUACACAUAUCUUUAAAGUUAUUAGCUAUUGUUAAUAAUGGUUUUUUUUUCUCCCGAUAGACGACGCAACCACCGCGACGAUGCCGGCAAUGUCAGAUACUUCCUCUGUUCAACCCUCCUUAAGUCAACAUGUCUCAGACCAGUCGACCGUACAACACACCAUUUCAACACGUACAUACCCUCAAACUGUCACAGCGACCCCAUUUACCAACAUUAAUUCCACACGUACAAUCGAUAUCAGUACCCCGCAGACUGACAUCAGACAUCACUACAUCACAUCAUACGGGCACCGCAGACAGCAGUACACUGUCUACUCGACCCACCAUUCUCCGGCCAUACAGUGUAUAGUACACGCAGACUAUUGUGACCGCGUGGAUUUUACGGUGCUAGAGAAAUCUUCUGGGUCUGCAUCGGUCGUGUGCAGUACGAACCGGGUGAGGGAAUGUUGGCGUAAAGGGUAUAAGGUUGUGGUGCGCUGUAGGCCGUAAGGUAAAAAUGAAGGGUAGGUUUGCCGCAUGCAGGAUUACGAUUUUAUUGGUCGAGACUCAACGAUGGCAACAUUACAAUAAUUUAACAGGCAGACAUAUUACAAACAAGUCGGAUAUGGCCAGUAGUGGCCUCCGGCCUCAAGGCUCUGCAUGGGCGAGUCGGACGUGGCCGAUGCUGGCCGCCGUAUUCCAGACUGGCGAUUGACAAUUGUACAUAACUAUUUAUAAGAAUCUGAACAAUAAGUAUAAAUUGACAAGUGAUGACAUUAGUAAGCUGAGUGAAAGGUUUACAGAUAUAAAAUAAUUAAAUAAACUCAAUGAGUCUUUGAUGUCCAAGAAAUGAAAAACUGAUAAUUGCACAAUGUUGUUUUAAGAGAUUAACAGUCCUUGAGACAUGACACUCUGUCUCUUUGAAAUCACAUUAAGAGUCCGAAAAGUGUCAAUCACUAAACAAAUAAGUAACUUUGUAAGAAAUAAACUGUGAGAAAAUAUUACGAAAUAGAUGUUGAAUUUUAAAAGAAAAGUCCAAAAAAAAGUUUUAAUUAAACAGUGAAUUUUGCACGGUGAUACUAUCAUCAUUUCUACUUUAAUUACUAACAUUUUUAAUACAUCACAUUCCGUCAACAUCAAUACUGAUAGUCACAUAGAACAUACUUCGUCGACAGAGGA